AUUACCGUAUCGGCAAUCGGCGGAUGUGAAUAAUGAUUAGGUACAUGCAUCUUCUAAGCUCUUUACCAAUUUUUUGUCUUUCUUUUUUAUGAACAUACUUGAAUGGCUUUGCGGUACAUACCCAGUUCUUUUCUCUAUAGACUGGUGUGACCUAGGAUUCACAUAGAUAUCACUAUCACUUCCUUAGAAUAUACCCUGCAUCAACCAAACCGUCCGCAUGAGUACCGAACCUCCCGUUCCAGAGACGAGCGUCCUUGCCGUCGCCAGUCAUGUUGUCUCAGGGAACGUAGGAAACAAGAUCGCCGUCUUCGUACUCCAGUCUAUGGGCUGCGAUGUAUCCGCCUUAAAUACGGUUCAAUUCAGCAAUCAUACCGGUUACAAACAAUGGAAGGGCACACGGGUAUCGGCGCAAGAGAUCACAGACUUAUGGGAGGGUCUUAAACAGUCGUACCUCGAUGGCGUCGACAUGAUGCUCUCCGGCUACGUUCCCGGUGCAGAGGCUGUCACUGCCGUAGGUAAUAUCGGCAAGGAACUGAGACAGAAAUCGGAGGAAGUCGGAAAGCCGGGAAACUUCUUCUGGGUCCUAGACCCUGUCAUGGGCGACAAUGGUCGUUUAUACGUGGCGGAAACCGUUGUUCCCGCGUAUAAGAGCCUGAUACAUUAUGCAGACCUCAUACUACCGAAUCAGUUCGAAGCUGAGCUCCUCUCGGGCGUUAAGAUCACCGACCGCGAUUCCCUCGAACACGCCAUCCGUGUCCUACACCAAGAAUUCGGAGUUCCCCACGUCGUUAUCACAUCAGUGUCCAUCCCACUCUUCAGCUCCUCCUCGGCCGCCACCCCGCAGACGCCACGCACGAUGUCGGUUGUGGGCUCGUCGAUGACGUCAGAUCGGCAGCCACGCGUGUUCAGGAUCUCGUUCCCGGUCUUCGAGGCUUACUUCAGCGGUACGGGGGAUAUGUUCGCGGCGCUCAUGGUGGUGCGGAUGCGCGAGGCCGUUGCGAACUACGAUAAGCUGAGCAAUGGGGUUGGGGAGGGGAAGGGGGCGUCAUCCUCGAAGUUGGGCGAGAGGCGCUCGUGGCUUAGCGACGACACUAUAGGCGUGCUGGAUUUGCCGCUUGCGAGGGCCGCGGAGAAGGUCCUAGCUAGCAUGCAUGAGGUCCUCGAUCGUACGUGUGAGAGUAUGAAUGCUCAAAUGAGAGCGAUUAGAGAACGGAGGGGCGACGACAUAGACGAGACGACGUUGCAUCUGCUUAAAUCGCGGGCUGCGGAGUUGAGGCUGACGAGGAAUUUGGGAUGCUUGCGUGAUCCGACGAUAGAAUAUCGGGCGGAGAAGAUGUAAAAAGCGAUUGGAUAUUUCAGGGGAUGAGGAAGAUGAGAGGAUGGUUGGGUCUCUUGUAUAGAGGCGUAGAUUACAUAGACGAUGCCUAAGAUAGGUCGAGCUAACAGGAUCAUAUAGAAUAGAGAAUAGAGACAUGUGAACACA